AUGAGGAGUAAAUGGGUUUUGGUUAUUCUGUUUUUCUCAGCAUGUGGUACAGAGACAUAUAUUCCUCAUCGCUAUCACUUUGUGAAUAAGAAUAAAACCUGGAGUGAAGCUCAGACUUACUGCAGACAGACAUACACUGAUCUCGCCUCCAUCAACAACAUGGAAGAGAUGAUGAAGCUGAAUAACACACUGAAGAUGGAAACUGUAAACCAAGCUUGGAUCGGUCUACAGAGAGGAGACACUGGGAGAUGGCAGUGGUCUCUGCCUAACCAAACUUUCUACAGAGAUGGAGACACUUACAGACACUGGGGUAGUGGUCAACCAGACAAUGAAGGAGGAAUUGAGUGUUGUGUUGACAUGGCUAAUGAUGGAAAAUGGAACGAUGAUGUUUGUGGGAAGUUAAAACCUUUUUUCUGUUAUGAUGCAAACAACAGAAACUACACAUUUAUUAAUGAUCCGAAGACCUGGUAUGAUGCUCAGACUUACUGCAGAGCUAACCACACCGACCUGGUCACUGUGAAGAACGAAAGUGAGAAUCAGGAGAUCAACAGUUUGAGGCAGAAUUUAUUUAAUGAUUAUGUUUGGAUUGGUCUCUUUAAUAAUUCCUGGAAAUGGUCGGAUCAGAGUAAUUCCUCAUUCAGAUACUGGAGCUCUAACAAACUCAGUGGUGGUUUGAACUGUACUGCAGUCAAUGCAUCUAAUCAACUCUACUGGAGCACUGUGGACUGCACAGAAAAACUCCCAUUCAUCUGCAAUGAGAAGAAGCUUGUAUUGAUUAAUCAGAAUCUGACCUGGAGAGAAGCUCUGAGAUACUGCAGGAACAAUCAUUAUGACCUGGUCUCAGUGCUCACUCAGGAGAUGCAGUUCUGGGUGAAGGAAGUGGCUCGAAACGCCUCCACUGAACACGUGUGGCUCGGCCUGCGUCACACCUGCACUCUGGGCUUCUGGUACUGGGUGACUGGAGAGACGAUCUGCUUCCAGGACUGGGCCCCGGGGAACGGGACAGGGUUUGAAGACUGCAGGGAUGAGGAGAGAACCGGAGCGGUGCAGUCUGGAGGAGAGCAGCAGUGGAUCAGCCUGCCUCAGAGCAACAAACUCAACUUCAUCUGCUCUAACUAUUAA